UCUAGGAUUCUCAAGGAUUCAGAUACUGUCAGAGACGGAUCAAUGGGAACGCGUUAUUAGUUAUCGGGUUGACGCGCCACCAUGCACUGCCCGUCUGCGCGAGCACUGCCGUCCUGCGGCGACCGGGGCCAUUCAGGCGUCUCUUUAAGCACCGUCAAAACAAGGAGCGGCUCAAAUUUGGCAAACGUUCUAGUUUUGCAUUCAGACUCGAAGUAUAUCUUCUAUGUUCAUCGGAAAUGCGACCCGGACACGCUGAGCGCCACCCAAUUCGAUGAUUCCAGUCACCUAGACCGGCGCUAAUACGAUGUGUGCACAAUCACUUGUGGUGACGGACCUCUGGGCCAUUGCGCAGAGUCAACUGGCGGUCGAGCAUCAAUCUUAUCUCUCUUACAGCGCUGUCGGCGAGAAGCCUCAAUCGCCAUUACAGGCACUACUAACUCUCGUGCAAGCGCAGCAGAAAAAAGCAAUAGAGAAGCGCUGGAAGGUCAGAGAUAUUUUGGAGAAGAUCGCCCAUUGGAUCAACAAGUUUAAAGAAAUCGGCGACACGAUCGUCACUUAUGACCCCACCCAUGCGGCUCUGCCAUGGGCUGGGGUGCGUUUCCUGUUGCAAUUGGUGAUCAGCGAUAUUGAGCUUUUCGGAUCUUUGGUGGACGGCGUAGAGGUAGUCUCACGCCUCAUAACGCGUUGCGGAUACUAUGAAGCGAUUUAUCUUGCGCCCAUGGCAGAACCGACCGCAGAAUCUAGGACUCUUCUCAAAGAAGCUGUCAUUAAACUCUAUGUGGAAAUACUAACAUAUCUUGCAAAGGCUACGGAAUAUUUCCGGAAAGGAGCACACAAAAGAAUCAUAGGAAGCUUAGUAGCGACAUCCUCAAAAUUUGAAACGCAGCUAGAAGCAAUUCGCCAAAAGGAAAAUGAACUUCACGCGGUCUUCCGAGUAGUUGAAGGAGAAGAGGUCUUUAGAAUUGGCCAUAUGAUGGGCUCAUUGAAUACAUCUACAACGGAACAUACGGCCAGUUUGCGAGCCAUGAGGAUAGCCAUGGAAUCUCUAGAGCAGCCCAUGACCCGUGCCAUUGGGCAUCUUGCUCGAUUUGAAGAGAUUAUAGAGGAACAGGAGUGGUCAAAGCUAUCGCAAUGGCUUGGGAACGCCAACUUUCGUGAACAACACGAGCUGAUCUUUCGCGACCUUCUUCCCGGGACAGGCGAGUGGAUGUUCAAACGCCCCGAAUACCAGCAGUGGCACUACUCCAGUUCAUCCUCAGUUCUAUGGCUGCGCGGUAUCCCUGGGUGCGGCAAAAGCAAACUCUGCUCACUCGCUGUUGAGAAAAGUCUUAUCGGGAAUGAGCGUACCGGUACGAAUGCAGCACCUAUCGCCUACUUCUAUUGUUCCAAGACGAACAGCAGAUCUCCCUUAACCCCGACAACCAUUCUAGGCAGUAUUCUGAAACAACUUGCUUGUUCAAAAACGGGGGGCGGCGUCCAUCGUGCUGUUUUCGAAGAGCACGAACAGCGUAAGGAAGGUGCGAAGAAAGAUGGGAUGGAUAUAUCAGCUCUCACUCUGGAAGAAUGCGGCGAUCUCAUAUUAUCUGUGGCAUCGGAUUAUCCGAUCCAGAUAUAUCUCGAUGGGAUCGAUGAGUUAGAUGACAGCCGCGAGCUGCUGGAAGUAUUGAAUCGCAUUGUGGAAGACUCCACGAACAUAGUCAAAGUAUUCAUCUCAAGUCGAGAUGUGGCUGACGUAGCUGUUUGGCUCAAGGAUACUAUUACGAUACCAAUUACAGGCUCAGAUAACUCUCCUGAUAUAGCGAAGUUCGUCACCCGCAGUGUCGAAGCCGCUAUCGAAACGAAAAGACUACUAAAGGGACGCGUAUCCCUAGAGCUAAAGGAGCAUCUUAUCUCUAGCUUGAGCGACGGCGCUGGGCCUAUGUUCCUUUGGGCUUCUCUACAUCUCACUCAACUUUGUGACCAGAAGAGGUACAAGCUCGAACAGGAUGUUUUCACUGCACUCAAGACGCUUCCGGUAGAUUUGAAGAGGACUUUCGACCAAAUGUACCAGAACAUCAACAACUACCCUGAACGGGCGAAGCAAGUGACUAAAAGAAUAUUCGCAUGGCUUCUGGUGGCUCAGCGCCCAUUAACGAAGAAAGAACUCAUAGAUGCCGUAAGCGAGCACAUAGAUGAGAACGAGCACAUAAUGGCUCUAAUUGAGCCCAAACUCACUGACGAUGCCAUACUAGACUUGUGCUCUAGUUUUCUAGAACAUAACUCCAGUUCGCAAUACUAUGCAUUUGCCCAUGCAUCUGUAUUGGAAUAUUUCCAAUCACUUCCCGAAUAUUGUUAUUCCGACAUCAACUACAUGGCAGCGCAUCGCUGUCUCGCGCAACUGGUUCAACAUGGCGAUGAGCCAGACCCUUUUGAUGAGUACGAUGCGUUAGAUCGCCUUUCAUGUGAUGAGGGCGUAAGCAACCUACGUGCUAAUGCCGUCAAUGAUGUUGAUGAUCAUGAAACUUCCUUCAGACAAUAUUCAGCUUGCUACUGGGCUCGCCAUUAUGGCUUGGUAACGGACCACACUAAGGUAGCACAGCUUAAUGAAAUCUUCAUAGAGUUCGUAUUUGGAAUGGAAAGUACCAGUUUCGAGCUAUGGCUCGAUCAAGUAAAGGAUUUAGUCGAAGGAAAUUCACUUAGCUCUGUAACUCUAAUCAAAGAGUUAGCAGCCGCCCAUUCGGCCACCAAAUCCCCUGUUUUCGUCGCAUCUGUGUAUGGAAUUCUACCAAUUUUCGAAUAUCUAGCGGCUAGUGGCGAGCGGGUUGACUGGAAUACCACGAACACCCAUGGCGUGUCCGCCAUCUAUCUCGCCGCGAGAUUUGGACAACUUGAAGCAAUGAAAUAUCUGCUUCAGACAGACUCUAAUGUGAAUAGUCAAGGGGGUAUAUUUGGGAACCCGGCCCAAGCAGCUGCAUUCAACGGCCAUACAGCCGUAUUAGAAUUGCUAGUCAACCACGGAGCUGACGUCUGUGCUAGCGGGCGUUUUUCCGACACAUUCCAAGCGGCGCUCAUAGGGAAUCAGAACGUUGCUUUGAAGCUGCUUCUGGAAAGAAAUUGGGCGAAAGAGAUCCCAAACAUAGAUGAACUUCUGUCUCGAGCGGCGUACUAUGGACACCACGAAGUGGUGGACACGCUGCUAAAGCGGAAGGAAGAGUCUAUGAAGUCAGACGUGUCAACGGAUCAAUCCGAAUCGCCAUUUCCGCAUGAUACACUCCAAGCAGCCUUAUAUAGUGGUCGGCCUGGCUCAAUAGUUGCCAUGCGACUUUUGAAGCGUAUCGGCGAUGUGAAUAGUGAAGGUGGUCGCUUCGGCAACGCCCUGCAAGCGGCCUGUGCAGGAGGCUACCUCCCGUCUGUGCGAUGGCUCUUGGGACAUGGGGCGGACGUGAACUCCAGCGGUCGCUACGGCUCCGCGCUCAAGGCGGCCUCCCUCGGCGGUCACGAUGAAGUGGUGAGUCUCUUACUCCAAGCCGGAGCAAGAAGUGGACCGUCGCGAAAUGGGAUGUUCGACGCCUUCGAAGCCGCAGCGUCUCGGAACCGGUUAUCUACGCUGGCUUUGCUGAUAAAUCAUUCCCCCGAUGCGAUUGAUAUUGUGGACGAGGAUGCGAUGAGGUUGAAAGGCAGCAUCGUUAAUCCCUUAGAGACUGCAUUGAAGUCCGCGUGUCUUCGCGGCCAUGCCGAUAUCGUCCGAUAUCUGCUAGCUAAUGGGGCUCGAAAGGCGGCAGUAUUAGCUCUGGAGGCUGCCUUCAUAUCAGGUCAAGACGAGGUUAUCAGAAUGCUGCUAGGUACUCUGGAAGAAGUGCCUGAUUAUACCCGCCAUGGGGUAAUCCGUUGCAGUGCGGGCGACGUGUUGAAAUUGAUGCCUUCCACCGAGCAUAAUACUGCGCCUCCUACAGGUCCGGGCGUCAAUGCAUACGACAAAGAAGCAGAUUUUGUGGAAACUAAAGUCCAACGUGCAUUCAAAGACUCUCUAGAAGCAGGCAACGAAGGUGUACCAGACAUUGACGGUGACUAUCCCCAAGGGAGGAAGUUCACAUGGAGACUGGCAGCUAGUCGAGGAAAUAGAGCAGCCUUCGAGAAUCUCCUAUCUAAGGGUAUGCCCCUUGAUGGCGACAGCCGCCCGCCCUUGGUCGAGAUCGCAGCCCUGCAUGGCAAUAUUGAAAUCGUUGAAUUACUCCUUGAUCGGAACGUAGCCGUUGGAUUUGCGUUGCAAUGUGCCAUUAAAUCUGGCCGCAAAGAUAUCGUGUAUGUAAACUUUUGAUCCCGAAAUACAACUACCACAACCUAUGCGACUCUAGAAAGCAGCUAGCAUGGAAUGAACUAACAUACUCUGAUAUGACAGACGGCUUAUCCUUUCCAAGCGGCCUGAAAUGGCAAUUGACGAAACACUGCAAGUACCUAAUUUAGCAGAAAACUACCAGCAUUGGGACCAAGUAAGAUGGCCGGAGCAAAGGGAAGCUGUUAAAAGUCCCCUUGCUCUCGCGAUGGCUUGGGGAAACGAGCCCAUAAUCGAGCUGCUCUUAGAGCAUCACGCAACAGCCAAAUGGCCUGAGCCUAGUGCGGCAAUCAUUCUCCAAGCACUAUC